AUGGUCUUUGACAUCUCUCACCCAGGGCUUCGACUUGGUCUUGGUCUUGGUCUUGGCCUGCAAGACCAGUCGCAAGAAACUUGCUUGAAGAGCGAUGAACAAAGGCAAAGACGAGGCCAGAAGAAAAAGGAAGCGGAUCCACGUAACAAGGCUUACCCAUCGCUUAGGUUAGGACCACCCCAUCAUGAGGCAAAUAAUAAUCAUCAAGUUACAAAGACUGAAUCUGAUGAAUAUCAUAAUAUACAGCCUCGUGCCUCUUCUCCAAGUGCAGUGUCUUCGUUUUCUAACUCAUCAAGCAUCAUCAAGAGAGAGAGAGAUCAGUUCGCGGGCGAAGAACUUGAGCUAGAGAUAGACAAGUUUCCCUCACACUUCAGGGUUGUGGAUCUUGAUGAAAAUGGUUACCCCAAGAAGAAACUUAGGCUCAACAAAGAACAAUCUGCAGUCUUGGAAGAUAGCUUCAAGGAGCAUUCUACUCUCACUCCGAUACAGAAGCAAGAAUUGGCAAAUAAACUGAAUCUGCGGGCGAGACAAGUGGAGGUAUGGUUUCAGAACAGGAGAGCCAGGACAAAACUGAAACAAACGGAAGUGGACUGUGAGUUACUGAAAAAGUGCUGCGAAAGUCUAACAGAGGAGAACAAGAUGCUGCAAAAAGAGUUGGAAGAGCUUAAAUCGAUGAAAACAGCAUUGCAGGGACCCAUUUUUAUGCAGCUUCCAGUGGCAACCCUUACAAUAUGCCCUUCCUGUGAAAGAAUUUGCGGUGGCAGCAGCGCCACCAACAACAAUGGUUCCUCUCCCACCACCACCACUGCUUUGCUUGUGGGCCCAAAGCCCCAUCAUGAUCACCACUUCUACAAAAAUAACUACACAUUCACACAGCCAUCUGCAGCUUGCUAG